UCAAAUUUAUGCUGACACAUAAGUUUAAAUUCAACCGUAUUGAUACGUGUUAGUAAGAAAAUAGUUGAAAUAUAUUUUCCUGUGCGUUUAUUUUUUGUACAUUGGAUUAACUGUUUCGAAUUAUCUGCUUGAUGAAAAAAAAUAUAAAAAUGCACACAUAGUGAAAAACUUACAAAAGAAAUAUUACUAUUAUUUUGUCUUAUUGAAACCUUAACAUAGGUAAACUGGUUUAUAAAUGGCUUUCUUACGUGUUUUAGUGAUUUUUGCCAUAAUUUUGUCAAUUUCAAAUUAUCAAACUCAUGCGCUAAAAAUCCUUGGAAUAUUUCCAUAUCCUGGAAAAAGUCAUUUUGUUAUGAUUGGUGCGUUAAUGAAAGAAUUAGCUCAUCGAGGACACCAAGUUGACGUGGUUGGACACUUUCCAUUAAAUAAACCGGUGGGAAAUUAUACAGAUUUGACUAUACGAGGCUCAAGAUUUUUAUUAGUAAAUAAUCUUACAUAUGAAACAACAGUUGAAUUUAAUAGUUUGGCCUUACAUUCGGUUGUUGAAUUAUUAGGAACAGGUGUUUGUGAUCUGUUAUCUCACGAUGUAUUCCAAAAACUUAUUAAAAAUCCUCAGUCAUACGACAUUCUUAUAAUAGAGGUCAAUUUCGCUGACUGUUAUCUUGCAUUUGGACAACAUUUGAAUACUCCAGUAGUUGGUGUAUUGACAGGAAAAGUAGAUGAAUGGUUAUUCGAACCAUUUGGUAUUCCUUACAAUCCUUCUUUUACGCGUAGCUCACAUUCCAGCUUAACAAAAAAAAAAACAUUUUUUGAAAGAUUAGAAAAUUUUUUUUUGUAUGUAUUUACCACUUCUAAGAUAAAAUAUUACAUGGAAGCAGAAAUAGAACAUGUACAAAAAUAUUUUGGCCGUAAGCUUAAUAGUAUAAGUGAUCUUUACAAAGAUGUAUCGUUACUUCUAGUAAACUGGCAUCACAGUCUCGAUAUUUUGCCAUCACCACCGGGUAUUGUUGAAGUCGCUGGUCUUCAUGUACAUGAUAGUGGUCAAGAAAUAUCUUCAGAAAUAAAACUAUGGCUUGAUAAUAGUCAUGAAGGUUUUGUAUAUUUUUCAUUUGGUUCAAUGGUCAAACUGGAAACAUUUCCACACAAUAUUCUUAAUGCUUUUUACAAGAUGUUUGAAAGAAUAGCACCAGUUAGAGUAUUAUUAAAGGUUGCUGAUAUUGAUAGCAUGCCAGCUGGAAUUCCGAAAAAUGUUAAACUUUCAACUUGGUUACCACAAAUUGCUAUACUAAAGCAUAAAAAUAUCAAAGUAUUUAUAACUCAUGGGGGUUUAAUGGGAACUCAAGAAGCAAUUACUUAUGGUGUGCCUAUGGUCGGUAUUCCUAUUUUUCGGGAUCAGUUUAUAAAUCUACACGCUUUUGAGCAACGUAAAAUCGCUAUUGUUGUAAAGCUUGAUGAGUUAACUGCAGAUUCACUUACCGACGCAGUAAAUGUUAUUCUCCAUGAUCCAACGUAUACAGAGAAUGUUAAAAAAAUGUCUUCACUCUUUCUCGAUCGACCAAUGAGUCCUAUGGAUACGGCUGUCUACUGGAUUGAAUAUACUGCGAGACAUGGAAAUGUUUUGAAAUCUCCAGGGUCAGAGUUAUCAUGGUGGCAGAAUUAUUUUGUUGAUAUCUAUGUGUUUUGUACGAUUUGUAUUCUGUUCAUUAUUUAUAUUAUUCAAAUGUUUUUCAAAUUAUUAUUGAGAUUUAUAAUUAUGCGGAAAAUCAAGAAUACAAGUUCACAAAGUAAAACUAGGGUAAAGAAAAAUAAGUGAUACUAAAUGUAAACCUUAUAUAUAAUAUAUAAUAAAGACGAUUUUUUUUUGGUU